AGGAGGGGGAGGGAGGGGAAGGCCGCUCCCGUCAGUCAGACGGCUGUGGGAAUCGCCGGGAGCGGAUGGCGGCUGCUAUAGUAGCCCCACCCGCCGUCGGGGGCGAGGAGACCGCGGCAGCAGCCCGGGUUCCGGGAUCUACGGGGUUGCCAGGGAGCCGUAGCGCCGAGCGGGCUCUAGAGGAGGCCGUAGCCACUGGGACACUGAACCUGUCGAACCGGCGUCUGAAGCAAUUCCCCAGGGGCACGGCCAGUGGCUACGACCUGUCGGAUAUCACCCAAGCUGACCUAUCCAGGAACCGGUUCCCUGAGGUGCCAGAGGCAGCAUGCCAGCUGGUGUCCUUAGAGGGUCUGAGCCUCUAUCACAAUUGCCUUCGGUGCCUGAAUCCAGCGCUGGGGAACCUCACGGCCCUUACUUACCUCAACCUAAGCCGGAACCAACUGUUGUCGCUGCCUCCUUAUAUCUGCCAGCUGCCCCUUCGUGUGCUCAUUGUCAGCAACAACAAGCUGGGAGCUCUGCCUCCUGACAUUGGGGCUUUGGGAAGCCUAAGACAGCUUGAUGUAAGCAGCAAUGAGCUUCAGUCCCUUCCCCUCCAGUUGGGUAACCUCCACUCCUUGAGGGACCUUAAUGUUCGGAGAAACCAGCUCAGCACUCUGCCUGAUGAGCUGGGAGACCUUCCUCUUGUUCGUUUGGACUUCUCCUGUAACCAUGUUUCUCGAAUCCCAAACUCUUUCCGCCGCCUCAGGCACCUCCAGGUCAUUCUGCUGGAUAGCAACCCCCUUCAGAGCCCUCCUGCACAGAUCUGCCUGAAGGGAAAGCUUCAUAUCUUUAAGUAUCUUUCAUCAGAGGCUGGAGAGCGGGGAGUCUCUGGAUUUGGGGACCUGCCACCCUCUCACCCAUCAGGCUUUAGCCCCUGCCCUGUGGAAGAUUUGUUCCCUGGACGUCGGUAUGAUGGUGGGCUGGACUCUGGUUUCCACAGUGUUGACAGUGGAAGUAAGAGGUGGUCUGGAAAUGAGCUGACAGAUGAAUUUUCGGAACUAUCUUUCCGUAUCUCAGAAUUGACCCAAGAACCUCGGGGGCCUAGGGAGCAGAGAGAGGAUCGAAGUGGUUGUGGGGACCCUGAACAAAUUGACUUCAUAGAUAGCAGUGUACCUGGGGAGGAAGAGGACAGAGGUCCUAUUGAGGAGCAGCAACUGGAAGAGCACAAGACCCCAGAGAUAGAAAUAGAAAGGCCCCCUAGUGCCAGGUUGGUGGAGCCAGCUGGGGAAGAACGUCGCCGGCCAGACACACUGCAGCUGUGGCAGGACCGAGAGAGGAGGCAACAGCAAAAGGAGAGUUUCCUGAAACUGGCAAACAAGGGUAAUGGUGGAAGUGCUACCAACAUAGCCUCCAACAACAAUUCCUCCAAGCCAAGUGGCCCCCAGCCUGGAGCUCCUAUACCCAGCUCUUCAUCUCCAGACCUCCACACAGUCUGUCCAGCCACAGGCCCUUCUCCCCAGCCACUUGGCCCCACCCAAAGACCAAACAGUUUCCUGUUCCGUUCAUCUUCUCAGAGCAGCUCAGCUUCCUCUCCAGGCCCAUUUUCAUCAGAGCCUGUUCUGAGACCACGACGGUCCCCCCAGUCAAUGGAGGAUAAGGAAGAGUUAAUGGCUCAACUCCGACAGGUCCUCGAAUCUUGCCUACAGCAGCCCCUGCCUGAUGAUUUAAGUGAUGCUCUGGCUAAUGGCGUUAUCCUAUGUCAGUUAGCCAAUCACCUCCGCCCACGAUCUGUGCCCUUCAUUCAUGUUCCCUCACCUGCUGUGCCAAAACUUAGUACUCUCAAGGCUCGAAAGAAUGUGGAGAGUUUCUUAGAGGCCUGCCGAAAGAUGGGAGUCCCUGAGGCUGACCUGUGCCUGCCCUCAGACCUCCUCCAGGGUACCACACAGGGGCUACGUACCACGAUGGAGGCUGUGAAGUGUGGUGGUGGGGAGGGCCCCCUCCCCCUUGGGCUCUCUCCCAGCCUGGGGGGCUUCGCCGCCUUCUACGUGGUCCUCAUGUUCCUGCUCUAUGUCACCUACGCUCGGCUUCUAGGCUCCUAGGACCCUGGAGCCUGAACGUCCCCAAACCUCGUGUGCCUAUUUAUGACAAUUCCUUCCCCUACUGCCCACCCCCUCAGGAAAAGUCUCAUUGUGGGGACUACCCCUCUUUUCUCUCUGACCAAUGAUGCCUUCUGCCCUCACCAAAGCUGUACCUCUUCCCUUUCCAUAAACAUACAAUGACUUCAGAAGCCCCACAUUACGUAGGGUCUCCCUCUACAAUGGACCCCUAGCCUCUACUCAUUUCUGUGGGCCCUCAUUGUGGGUCUUCCACCUCUUAAUUCUCUCUGGCCCUUGAUUCUUCAGAGAGGCUUUGGGCCCCUGCACUCCCUCCUCUGUUUCUCCCUGCCCUCUUCCCCCCCCCCCCCAGUCCUCCCUUGUUAAAUUAUCUUUAUUUUGUAGAGAGAUCACUAUAUUUUUAGGGGAUGAUAGGGCCCUUGCCCAAAUCCUCCCUCUUUGUUUAUAAAUUGUAUAGAACUUGA